AUGUCUGACGAGGUCUACGAGGGUGCCAUUGGCAUUGACUUGGGUACUACCUACUCUUGCGUUGCCAACUAUGAGGGCGCCAAUGUUGAAAUCAUUGCCAACGAGCAGGGAAGCUUCACCACUCCUUCCUUCGUCUCUUUCACCGACAAGGAGCGUCUUAUCGGUGAGGCCGCCAAGAACCAGGCUGCCAUGAACCCCGAGAACACCAUCUUCGAUAUCAAGCGUCUUAUCGGACGACGAUUCGAAGACCCCGUCGUCAAGAAGGAUAUCGAGUCCUGGCCCUUCAAGGUCGUCGACCAGGGUGGAAACCCCAUGGUCGAGGUCGAGUACUUGAACGAGACCAAGACCUUCUCCCCCCAGGAGAUCUCCUCCAUGGUUCUCACCAAGAUGAAGGAGGUUGCUGAGACCAAGCUCGGCAAGAAGGUCUCCAAGGCCGUCAUCACCGUCCCCGCUUACUUCAACGACAACCAGCGUCAGGCCACCAAGGACGCCGGUGCCAUUGCUGGCUUGAACGUUCUCCGUAUCAUUAACGAGCCCACUGCCGCCGCUAUUGCCUACGGUUUGGGUUCCGGAAAGUCCGACAAGGAACGUAACGUCCUUAUCUACGAUCUCGGUGGUGGUACUUUCGAUGUUUCUCUCUUGAACAUCCAGGGUGGUGUCUUCACUGUCAAGGCCACUGCUGGUGACACCCACCUUGGUGGUCAGGAUUUCGACACCAACCUCCUUGAACAUUUCAAAAAGGAGUUCACUAAAAAAACGAAAAAAGGACAGGUACCGAGACUCCGUACUGCCGUUGUCAUCAUGGAGGCAGCUUUUACAUCCAUCUUCUGGGCCCUGCCUCGCCGUGACAAGUCGUACGGCCUGGAUGCCACAUGUCCGUGGCCUCGAGUCUUGUUUGGAUGGGACGGCUUGUGUUCACACAGUCCUUUACUCGAGGGUUUUCGGUCCAACGAGCACGACCUCGGAGUGUCCCCUGAGGAACUCGAGCAGAUCGCAGCUGCCGUCAAAGUCAAAGCUCGUUACUAUGCCAAAGAGUAUGCAAAAACAUACAAUACAACUCCCCAGUUCAAGGCCAGUCAACAACGCAAAAACCAGAAACAGCGACCCCGCACGAAACUUCAUCAACAAGAAGCUGUUGCCACCAAGACGUACUAUUGUGCCGUUUGUGACGUCGCAUUCCGUGACAAUGCGUCUCUCGUCCUACACAACAAGACUAAGCGACACCUUCGGAUACUCGAGAGAGGAGACGCUCCUUAUGUGUGUGAGCCUUGUGGAAAGGUGUUUACCUAUCCGUCUGAUUGGGAAGCACACGAGAAGACUAUCACCCACAUCAGGAACACACCUCACCUUGGAAGCGAAGAGUCUCGUACACAACCUCGCGACAAGACGGCUUUCAACUGUGUACCUUGUGGUUUUUCCACCACAGAGGAGAAGUAUCUCCGUCAACACGAAAAGACUGCGAAGCACAUUGAGCGUCAUAAAUCGACGAUCGAGACCGGAGACUUCGUCGAGACCAAGGACAUGCCAUUCAAGUGCCACCCAUGCAAGUACUAUAAUCUUUCCAACGACCCCCGUGCCCUGCGUCGUCUCCGUACCGCUUGCGAGCGUGCCAAGCGUACUCUUUCCAACGCUACCCAGACCACUGUCGAGAUUGACUCUCUCUUCGACGGUGAGGAUUUCAACGCUCAGAUCACUCGUGCUCGUUUCGAGGACCUUAACGCCAAGGCUUUCUCUGGCACCCUUGACCCUGUUCAGCAGGUCUUGAAGGACUCUGGCAUUGCCAAGAGCGCCGUUGACGAGAUCGUUCUUGUCGGUGGUUCCACCCGUAUUCCUCGUAUCCAGAAGUUGCUCAGCGACUUCUUCGACGGCAAGAAGCUCGAGAAGAGCAUCAACCCCGAUGAGGCUGUUGCCUACGGAGCUGCUGUCCAGGCCGGUAUCCUCAGUGGAAAGGCCACCUCCGAGGAGACCUCUGACCUCCUCCUUCUCGAUGUUGUUCCUCUCUCCCUUGGUGUCGCCAUGGAGGGUAACAUCUUCGCUCCCGUCGUUCCCCGUGGUCAAACCGUCCCCACCAUCAAGAAGCGUACCUUCACCACUGUCGUUGACAACCAGCAGACCGUCCAGUUCCCUGUCUUCCAGGGUGAGCGUACCAACUGCGAGGACAACACCUCCCUCGGUGAAUUCACUCUCGCUCCUAUCCCCCCUAUGCGCGCUGGUGAGGCCGCUUUGGAGGUUGUCUUCGAGGUCGACGUCAACGGUAUCCUCAAGGUUACCGCCACCGAGAAGUCGUCUGGACGCACUGCAAACAUUACCAUCUCCAACGCUGUUGGCAAGCUUUCCAGCACUGAGAUUGAGCAGAUGGUCAACGAUGCCGCCAAAUUCAAGGCUAGCGACGAGGAAUUCAGCAAGAAGUUCGAGGCCCGUCAACAACUCGAAUCCUACAUCUCCCGUGUUGAGGAGAUCAUCUCCGACCCCACCAUGUCCCUCAAGCUCAAGCGUGGCAACAAGGAGAAGAUUGAGUCUGCUUUGAGCGACGCCAUGGGCCAGCUCGAGAUCGACGACUCCACCCCCGAUGACUUGAAGAAGAAGGAGUUGGCUCUUAAGCGUCUCAUCACCAAGGCCAUGGCCACCCGCUAA